CGUGUGAACGCUGUUCUCCCAGGAUACAUCACCACACCGUUGACUGCUGCCAUUGAAGACAAGCUACUCAAAGCAGCAUGUGAAAAAAUUCCAAUGGGUCGUAUGGGUGAGCCGAAAGAAAUCGCAGAUGCGUGUGUCUUCCUUGCUUCCAACUGGUCAUCGUACGUUACCGGCUCAGCGAUGGAAGUGACUGGUGGUUUUGGAAUGUGA